AUGGAUCUUAGAAGUGGAAAACAAACUGGAGAAGAAUCAAGUGAGUCUUUAUCAGAGCAAGAAACGACAAUGGAACCAGCACCAAUAACAGGAAGAGGAAGAAAAUCGGCAAUACAGACAAUGUUAGAAGAUAUGAUGAAAACUAUACAAGAAGAUAGAAAAAGACAAGAAGAAGAUAGAAAAAGACAAGAAGAAGAUAGAAAAAGACAAGAAGAAGAUAGAAAAAGGCAAGAAGAGGAUAGAAGAAGACUAGAGGAAACAAUAAAACAAGGUAGAAAAGAAGAUUUACAAAAAUUAGAAGAAGGUAGAAAAGAAGAUUUACAAAAAUUAGAAGAAGGAAGAAAAGAAGAUUUAAAAAGAUUUGAACAAGGAAGAAAAGAAGAUAUGGAAACAAUGGUAAAAGUAAUUGAACAAAAAGUACAAGCCAUCAAGGAAGAAAUUCGACGGGAAACACAAACAUGGAAACAAGAUUUAAAAGAAGAUAUGGAAAAGACAGAACAGGAGAUAGCAAUGGUAGCGAAUAAAACGAUGGAAAUAGAAGAAACAAUGAAGAAACAGGAAGAUGAAAUGAGAACUAUUGGACGAAACGUUGCGGAAAAUACUCACAACAUUGAACAUGUGAAACGACAGGUAGAAGAUAGAGUAAAUGGUAAUAGAAAUGAGAUGGAAUUGGAAAGAAAAAGAACAAAAGAACAAAUAGAAGAACUCCAAAAAGAAGUUGACAGAGUAAGAGAAUUGAAAGGACGAGAAGGGAACAUAAACAACCUACACCCAAUGGUAUUUAUAAAAUCUAUCAACCAGAGAAUUAAAGAAAUAGAAGAAGGAAGAAUAGAUGAAGAAACUAAAUUGGAAAGAAUAAAGGAAAUUAUGAGAGAAAACUUAGAAUCAGAAGCACUGAUAUGGUUUAAUGGUAUCGAAAAUGAUGUUGAAGAUUAUGAACAAUUAAGAAAUCGAUUCCUACAACAUUUUUGGGGUGAUAAUGCACAAUUGAUGUAUCAACCAUCGAGAGGGGAAGAAGAUGUACAGCCUCGAAGGCAAGUGAAUUUUCAGAGACGACGAAGUCCUAGUAGAUCAGAAGAACGAGCUGAAAUGCCCAUAAAUGAGGAUGCUGACAUCAAAGAGUUAAGUGACCUGUACAGUUCAACGGAAUUCGCCGGAUUCUUCUACAAGCUGAGUAACAACAACGUCUUGUACUAA